AUGAAUUAAUAACAGAAUCAGCAAUAAACUCCUAGGGGGAGGUUUCUUAGGGAAUUGGAGAAAAAUUCAUCAUGUGAAAAUUGGGAGGAAGGAUCUGGAGCCAAAUACGGAAAAUUGUUGCUUUUGAUAUUUCAAAUGAUUUUCUAUUGUGUAUUAGUUUAUAGUUUUGCAUUUGGAAAUCCCAAAGAGCUUGGAUAACCUUUUGAUGUUGAUAAUUCUCCAUGUGGGGCAGGCACUGGAAAGGAAGAUUAUAAAUUUGCAUAUUUUGUUAACCCUGAUAGUGAAGAAUUCCUAUAUAGAACCUUGUGUCUUAAGGAAUGUCCUAAAGUUGAAAAUAAAAUGGCAGAAGCUGAUGGUAAUGGAACUGAAUAAUUAAUUUUAGAUUCUGUUGUAUUGGAAUGCCAUCCAAAUAUAGAGAUCGCGUCAUGUGAUGUUCGAGUUCAACCUGAUCAUCCUGAAUUUAAUGUUCUGUACUAUGAUACCAUUCCUUUUAUAAAUGUUUGUGCACCAACUGAAAAAUAACGAUUAUAAAAUGUGAUGAAAGCCCUUUAAAAGCCCUUCAUUGUUAGAGUAUUGUCAGACUUUUAUCAUUCAAAAUUUAUUUUCAUUGGUUUAGCAUUACUAGCUCUUGGAUUAAAUUUCCUCAUUAUCUAUAAGAUAGAUGACUACCCACGUUUUGUGAUCUGGAUGAUAGUUGUAAUAGCAGUUUUGGGAUUUUUCAGAAGUAGUUUUCUAGGUGUUAUAUAUGCUUAACGUUUACAAUAGCAUGGUUAAAUUGAAUCAGAACACAGAUUAUCUGAAGAGGAGGUUAUUGGCUAUUUGCAUUCAAAUUAUGUUGAUUCUAAAACGAUAUUCAUAAUCAGCAUCAUCUUCCUUGUUUUUGGUUUGAUAGCUUUGAUAUUUACUAUUAUUUGGCGAAAGAGUAUAACUGCAGUUGGACAGAAGGCUGAAAUUAUGAAUAAUUACUAUUUAAUUUCUCAACCGGAUGAAAAUGUGAAUUAUUUAGGAUCUUUGUUGAAAGUAUUUUUGGGUCUGACAGUGUUGUUGGCAGUCUUUUUUAUGUUUAUAUUGAUGGCUCUUUUUUACUUAUUUACAACAUGUUCACCCAAGAGUGAAGAACAUUAAUUAGCUUUUGAAUCAUUUUAGAUUGAUACUAUUGAAAUCAUAUUCUUUACCAUUAUAGCUGUUGAAUUAGUGUUGGUUCCAUUUCUUGUCAUUGGAUUUAGCAAAUUGUUAAUAAUCAACAUUAUUAUUGAAAUCUACAAAUAAUAAGUUUUAGAGGUUGAUGCUGACUACUUACAAAAUUUAAAUUUAAAUCUUAAACAAAGGAAUUUAUAGGAUUGUAUUGGUAAAACUGUUAGAUAUCAUUUCGGAGAGUUGAUGUGGGGAAUGUUUAGAUUGUAUUUUGCAUUUUGCUCUAAACCAAUAUUUUUAAGUGGAUUUAGAUCCUUCAUUUCAGUUUGUCUGACAUAACAAGGCUUUUUGUAAUCAGCAUAAAAUCAAUUGGAAUAUGAUCAAUAAUUACAAAAUAAAAAUAGAAAACACUAUUAAGGAUUUGAUUAUUAAUUAAUCGUUAGUUUUGGGGUUUCUAAUAUCUGUAUCAUAGUAUAUAUGGAAUUAUUACUCUUUUCACCUGCUUGUCUAGCAAUACACGCUCCUCCAUAUUAAAUCUUGGCAAUUUACCUCUUUACUUUUAUGAUAUCCUAUUUGUUUUCUACACUCUACGGAAUGGGAAUGGAUGCACUUAAAUUCCUACUUUACAAGGAUCUAAAUGAAGAUCCUAACAAUAAUUAUAUUGGAGCUAGUGUCUAAGCCUAAUUUAGAAUGAUAGCCCUUCCUUAGAUUUCGGUGCCACCUUAAGAAUUAGAAGAAUUUUUAAAUAAUCAAGUUGAAACAUUUUAAGGAUUUUAGUAAAAUUAAAAUUGA